UUUAUUUCAAUACAAUCUUGUUGUUUGGGACAGCACAUUCUCCGUCUGCUCAUUCAGUCUGGUUUUCGCAUUGUGGACGCACGUAUGGCUCCGUGUGACUUCAACGGCCAAGUGGCACUCGUCACAGGCGGUGGCGGAGGCAUCGGGUGUGCCGUCUGCCUGCUGCUGGCUCAGGAGGGCGCCCACGUGAUGGUGACGGACAUCAACCUGGAGGCUGCUCGCCAGACUCUCAGCAAGUUGUCCAGCCCCGAGAAACAUCUGGCUCUAAAUAUGGAUGUGACGCAGCAGAGCUCAGUGGAGGGCGCCAUUGCAGCCUCCCGGGACAGGUAUGGGGUGUCGCCCAGUCUGCUGGUGAACAGUGCAGGGAUCGCUCAUAUAUCGCCCUUCCUUGACAUAACAAGGCCCCCAGCUCGACAAGAUGAUUGACGUCAAUCUUAAGGGAACCUUCCUCGUCACCCAGGUCGUCACUAGAGCUCUGUUAGAAGAGGGCCGGGGAUCGGGGGAAGGAAGAGGCGCCAUAGUCAACAUAUCCAGUAUAGCAGCCAAGGCAGGCUUCCCCGACCGUAGUCACUACGUAGCCACUAAGGGCGGCGUCAUUGCCCUUCACCAAGGCCUGUGCUACUGAGAUGGCCAAAAAGGGUAUCAGGGUAAACUGCGUAUUGCCCGGUUACGUCGCAACGCCUUUAACCGAAGGCAUUGAUCAAAACAUUCUGAAGUGGUACCUCAAUAAGACACCAUUAGGAAGGCCUGCCAAUCCCGCAGAAGUGGCCGAAGUGAUCGUGUUCCUGCUGUCAAGGCGCAGCAGCUACAUGGUGGGCUCCUGCCUGGAGGUGUCCGGCGGAGCUGACAUGUGAGGGACGCCAUGAGCUGUAAAGCGAUGCAGAGAUGUAUUUCACUACAUGUACAAUCUUCCUAUUUCAUCAAGUUUUCAAACUGUAGAGCAAAAUUGGUAUCAGAUGAAAGAUUGUAGUAUUUUUCCUCCUUUUUCAAUAUGAACGUAAAUUGGUUUUCGACUGUUAUUUCUUCUUUAUGAAAGAUGAAGCAUCUAAUUCUUUCGUGGAGACCCCUCGCGUUUCACCUUUUGUGCAUUUUGCUGCCGCUCCUUGACUUUUACUCCAGAGUGACGAUAACAAACCCUAAAAGCAUUUAACACAAUUCUGUUAUCGCCGGAAAAGAAAGGGAGAGAAAAUCCUGUGUUGUCCUUGGUGAGUGUUCCCGCGUACCGCGCCCCACCGUGCACCAGUACCCCCGCUGACGGCACGCAGGUGCUUCUGUUCUCUCUCUCUCUCUCUCUCUCUCUCUCUCUCUCUCUCUCUCUCUCUCUCUCUCUCUCUCCUCUCUCUCUCUCUCUCUCCUUGUGGGAUCUGCCACUCGCAUCCGUGCGUUAACCUGGUAGUUGUGUAGAUGAGUUUUUUUUUUAUGAUCACUAUAAUAAGGCGAUGAAUAUUACAUAAUAAACAUUAUGUUUACUCAAAUACGACACAAUCCCCGCUUAUCUUUCUGAUAUAAGAGCAACUGUUCACAUCUCCAUGCAACACUCAGCUAGACCCUCACUAUCUGAAGGCAGUUAUGGCUCCUAACGACUUCAGCGGUCAGGUGGCGCUCGUCACAGAGAUAGCUGAGGUGAUCGUGUUUCUGCUGUCAAGGCGCAGCAGCUUCAUGGUCGGUGCCUGCGUGGAGGUCACCGGCGGGGAAGGCAUGUGAUGGGCGCCGCGGUUCGAAGAGUCGUGUCGCGCGGAAAAAGUUGUCUUCAGAAAUAUAACACUUUACUUGAGCUUUGGUUUUGGAAGUGACGAGAAUGUAAUAGCUACAGGAUUCGGUAUGUUCAGUGUUUGAUAUACCUGCUUUAAUAAAUGUACAUAAAAUAUC